AUGGCAGCAAAUAAUGCGACAAAUGAUGAAUUAUUAGCAUCCUCUAUUCAUGGAAAACUUCACCGGCAGUCUCCAUUAUGUGCUCAUCAUUCCAUAUUUCGAAUCCCUAAUGUGCUGCUUAAUGGUAAUGAAAAAAUUUAUGUUCCAAAUUUACUUUCAAUUGGACCAUUUCACCGUGGAUUGGGCUUAGAAACCAUGGAAGGAGUUAAACUAAGGUAUUUGCAUUGCCUCCUUGAGCGUAAUCCAACUCCCAAUAGUGGUUUAGUGUACUUUGUUAAAGCCAUUAGAGGUAUGGAACAAGAUUGUCGCAAUUGCUAUGAAGAACACAUUGAUAUGCUCAGUGAUGAAUUUGUAGAAAUGCUGGUGGUUGAUGGUUGCUUUAUCAUUGAACUCUUCCGAAAGUUUUCAGCUCAGGUGCCAAUAGAGGUCGACGAUCCUGUGAUCCAUAAGUCAUGGAUGCGCACGACGCUUAUACAUGACUUGCUUCUACUUGAAAACCAGCUUCCUUGGAGGGUUGUUGAAUGUUUAUUUAACCUCACUCAGGCCACUACUGCAGGUAAUAACUAUCCUCUUUCUCUUUCACUUCCUGUGCUUACUCUACGAUACUUUAAAGAGUCUACCUUGGGUAUGGAUCCAAAGGUCAACGGAACAUUUGUAAACAAACAUUUACUUCACUUCAUAAAAAACUCUUUACUUGGAUCAUAUGCGGAAAAAACAGAGUUUGAGCACUCAGAUUGGUCUCCGAUUCCCUCUGCGACAAAUCUUAAAAAAGCAGGAGUCAUAUUCAGAUGUGGGAAAAAAGACGACAUGCUCAACAUAAUCUACGAAAAUAAUGUCAUGAAAAUUCCACCCAUAAGAAUUCAUGGGAAUGGAGAAUCUCUGUUUAGAAAUAUCAUCGCUUAUGAACAGUGUGAACCAAUCGGUAUAAGUAAAUUUACCUCUUAUGCUGUGGUGUUGGAAAACCUUAUUAAAUGUGAGGACGAU